UAAAACAACACAUGAUUCUUUUUUCUAAGCAAAGGAUGGAAGAGUAGUAUCGUGCAAAACACGUUUACUUAGCAUACUUCACAGCAAUAGUUUACAAACCAACGACGCGACCUAGGUCAAAAGGGACUCUGCGUUCUUCAACGAAAAGAGCUAUAUACUCCACUAACGUUACAGUUCGCAGAUUCGCUCUAAAAAUCUACUGGCACUCUCUUGUAUAUUUUAUACGCUUAAGACGUCUUUUCAGCUUUUUGUAGUCUUCUGAGAGUUUGUCGACUUAAAAGAACACUCGUUUUUUGAGCCCUUUAGUAGUCUUCUGAGAGCUUGUGAACUUAACAGAGACAGGCUCAUCAAAUAUGUCUAUUGCAAGGCUUUUUAUGGCCACCGCCCUUGUGCGAUUUUGUAUUGCCUUGUUUGGAGUCACUGGUAACUGUGCGGUUAUCUUUGUCGUCUGGUCGACUCGCUCCAUGCACACGACUACGAACUACCUCCUUGUCAACCUUGCGCUCGCCGAUGUCAUCACACUGUUGAUGGAUCCAUUUUUGCAUACAACUCUCUUUGAGGUCGUUGCUAACUUUGGUACCAACGCAUGGACUCAAACCACAAAAGACUGGCUGUGUAGGGUUUUUAUCGGCGCUGGCUUGUUAGGUGUGUUUGUUUUGGUUUCUGUGUUACUUCUAACAAUAGUUGCAGUUGAGAGGUAUCACGCUUUAUUGAAACCUAUGAAUACACGUUUAAGACUUGAGAAAGAACAUGUUUGGAAAGUAGUACUGUGUGUAUGGCUUUUUGCUCUUUUGCUUAAUAUUCCAUUGUUCGAAGACACGCACUUUGAUGUCAACGCCAACAUGUGUACGUCGGCAUUAGUCUUCAACUCCGGGCAAGGAAUGGCCACAUAUCUUGGCAUAUAUUUCUCGGUUUCUAUUAUAAUUCCAUCCAUUAUCAUUACUAUAUGCUAUUUGUCGAUUCUUAAGGGCUUAUUCAUAACCAAGUCAAUUUGCUCAGAGACCGUCCCAACUGACACAAACCGUGAAUCGAAGAAAAAGCUGGCAAAACUUUUAGCGUCCGUGACAAUCGCCUUCUAUAUCUGCGUUCUCCCAUUUGCGGUUUUCAAUAUCUACAUGGCCGCCGACCAACAGCCGAAAGGAGAGAGCUUAUUUAGAGCCGAUAACCUUAUGGCUUUCAUCAUCACCGCCUCUCUAAGUAUGGUGAACUCGUGUCUGAACCCUGUACUAUACGCUUUCCAGAGUUCAAGCUACAAAAGAGGCUUUGUUCGAUUCUUCACUUGUAGAUGCUGUAUUUCUUCUAUGGAGCACAAUAUUUCGGGCUUAAACACUUUCCAAGUGACAAAUACUGGCUCUGUGGUCCAACCUGAAAAUCAAAUAUACGUUUGUGAGCUCACUGAAACUCGCGAGUAGAUGGCUUUCCGUGUCCCGCAGAGAGCUAAAAAAGAAGAUGGAAGCUAAGCUAAAGAAUCUUACAUUGAAGUUUAUGGUUCCUUUCUAGAAAGGUCUUCCUUAUUCUGUACUAUGUUAAAUAUCUGUAAAGUGUAUUGACGAAUCCUAGAAAUAGAACUUACAUAGUUUAAAAUACAAACUGAAACAGCAUAUACAUCUUGAAAGUACCGUUUGAAAGUUUGUAAUGUUGUAUGUUGUAUACUCUGUAAAUACCAUGUAAAAUCUCUGUAAACAUCCAGAGAAACUCUGUAAAAUCUCUGUAAACACCCAGAGAAACUCUGUAAAAUUUCUGUAAACAUCCAGGGAAACUCUGUAAAAUCUCUGUAAACACCCAGAGAAACUCUGUAAAAUCUCUGUAAACACCCAGAGAAACUCUGUAAAAUCUCUGCAAGCCCCCAGUAAAAAUCUGUAAACUCUCUGUAAACCCCCAGAAAAAAAUGUGUUAAAUCUCUGUAAACCCUAAGAGAAACUCAAAAUUUCUGUAAACACCCACAGAAACUCUUAAAACAUCUGUAAGCCCUCAGUAAAGAUCUCUGUAAAUCUUCAGAUUAAAAAAACUGUAAAAUCCCCGUAAAGCGCCAGAGAAACAUUUUAAAAUCACUGCAGACCUAGAGAAACUCUGUAAAAUCUCUGAAGACCGCCAAAGAAACUCUGUAAAAUCUCUACAAACUGCCAAAGAAACUCUGUAAAAUCUCUGAAGACCGCCAAAGAAACUCUGUAAAAUCUCUGAAGACCGCCAAAGAAACUCUGUAAAAUCUCUGAAGACCGCCAAA